UCCCAGACUGCUGUUGAUUAGCAAUACUUCUUCAGGGACUCCUCCUGCCUGGGGAGGUGCCUGGCUGUGAUCAGUGAGGGAUGUGUAGCUGCUUAUCCCAUAGCAGAGAGCAGAACACCAGUGCACACAACUGGAUGCCUGACUCGCAGCUGCUGGACUGUCCUUUAUCUAGUCUGCUGAGCAGAUAACUACAGGAUCAGGCUGGACAUCCUCAGUGUUCAGCUCUCUAGUGCUUUUGGGACAAUAUGCUGGAGAAGUUCCACUCAUGCUAAAGAAAUUCAGCUCAUAGGUCACUCUCCAGAUUAAUGUAGGGAUGGAUUUUAAUCUCCAUAAUAGCAGGAUAUGGUCAUAGGAGAAAGAGGAAUGGUUGUAAAUAAUGUUAGAACUGAGUUGCUGAAGUGGAGAUAACAUUGUGACACUGGUUAAAGGACUGACCUCACUCUAGCUAGGUUGUCAGUUGUAUCAAGUAUUUUAUGAUGCUGGACAGGUGUCUGCUGCAGAUGUGAUGGUCUCAUUACUACAUUGGAAAUAUAGCCAGGAUUAAGGGACACUGACUGUGAGAAGCCCUGAGAAUGAGAGCUGGAAUUCUCUCUCUGCUUUUCCUUCUUACCUUCUUGACUCUCUGCUCAUGCAUUCAUCCAGCCACUGAGGAAGCUGCACAUACUGCAAAGGUGUUUCUUAUGAAAUAUGGUUACCUUGAUGGAGAAAAGGACUACAGCACAUCACAGCUUACAUCAGCAGUAAGAGAUUUCCAAUGGUCUUCACACCUUCCAGUCAGUGGAGAACUGAAUGAAGAUACAAUACAUCAGAUGCAUUUGCCAAGAUGUGGUAUGAAGGAUGUUCGUCAAACAAAUUGGCUGCUAGACAGUCCUCUUUAUACAAAUCACCGCAGGAAGCGAUACACAAUGAAAAAUAAAUGGUAUAAACGCCAUCUAACUUACCAGAUAGUGAACUGGCCAUGGUACCUGUCCCAGCAUCAAGUAAGAAAGGCGGUUAAAGCAGCGUUCCAAUUGUGGGGUAAUGUCUCAUCCCUCAUCUUCUCUGAGGCAGUAAGUGACUCAGCAGACAUUCGCCUGGCAUUCUUUGAUGGAGAACACAAUGACGGCGCUAGACAUGCAUUUGACGGACCAGGUGGUGCACUGGCACAUGCUUUCUUUCCAAGGAGAGGAGAAGCUCAUUUUGACAACGCUGAGCACUGGUCUUUGAAUGGGAAGGGCAGAAACCUGUUUGUCGUCCUGGCGCAUGAAAUUGGACACACCCUUGGACUCCAACACUCACCUUCCAAAACUGCCCUCAUGUCUCCAUAUUACAAGAAGCUAGGCAAAGAAUACGUCCUGAACUUUGAUGAUAUCUUGGCCAUCCAAAACCUUUAUGGGGCUCCCUCUAGUGGCAGACUUGUGCAGCUGCCUGGGAAAGAGUUCUCUAUGUUUCAAGACUGGAGUGAAGGAAGCAAACCAGAUGGCGAAAGCAAGAGUUAUUAUUGCCAAUCUAUGUUUGAUGCAGUCACAUGGGAUCUGAAGCACACAUUGUACAUAUUCAAAGGUCGCCACUAUUGGACGGUCUCCUUGCUUGGGAAUAUCUCUGAGCCCCAGCUCUCACAGCAGAGGUGGAAAAAGCUUCCAGCCUUCAUUGAAGCAGCAACAGUGUCAGGAUCAGAUGGAAAGUUCUACUUCUUCAAAGGUGGAAGAUGUUGGAGGUACAAGGGUUCUAGACUAGAGGCUGGCUUUCCUCUCAAAUGCAGUGAUCAUGGACUCCCACGACAUCCAGAUACAGCACUAUAUUUUCAGCCACUUGGGCAUCUGGUUAUUUUCAAAAGGGAAAAGUAUUAUGUGAUCAAUGAAGAUUCAUUGAUGGUGGAGCCCUAUUACCCUCGCAGCCUUCAGGACUGGAAAGGUGUACCUGACAGCGCUAAUGCGGUGCUGACCCAUCCAUCUGGCUCUGUCUACUUUUUUAAAGGUGAUGGGUACUGGAAAUUUGACCAGGACAGUCUGAGAGUCACUGCUUCUGGGAAGUGGGUGCAGGACUUACCUUGGCUUGGUUGCCAAACUUCUUGAUGCGGAACUAUGGAAAUACAGAAAGAAUUAAACCUGUAUCUUAUGUA